UAAACGUCAGGUAUGGUCAGAUGUGAAAACAAAUUACCUUUUGAACAAAUUAAGUCAUUUUUUACGAAGCUAAAAUGGAAAAUGUGAAAACAGAAGAGAUCGGUGAUCCGGACGACGAUUAUUCGGAUAUAGCAGGUGACGGCGACAGCGAACCCAUAAUCAACAUCGUGCUGCCUCCGAAUGCGGCCAGUGGCUCAGCUGCACCAAAUAAUGGAAACAUACCCUUGUUUAUUAAGAAAUUGCGGAAGAUGGUGGACGACGACAAUGCCGACGACGUUAUCAGCUGGAAUGCCAGCGGGGAUGGCUUUAUAAUUCACGACCAAUUGACUUUCGUAUCGAAAACAUUGCCCAAGUAUUUCAAGCAUAAUCACUUGUCCAGCUUCGUCAGGCAGCUGAACCUGUAUGAUUUUCAUAAAAUUCAGAACGUUGAUAAGGACGAGUUUCAGUUCAGUCAUCCGUUUUUCCUUAAAGAUGUGCCUCAACUGAUGCCUUUGAUUAAGAGGAAAGCCACUAACCGCCCAAGAGGCCCUACAAACAGCCACGUAGACGCAGUUCACAGUGAAAUUCGAGAAGUGAUGAAUAUAGUUAAAGACAUCAAAAACAAAAACGACUCGAUCACAACCGAAAUGACGAAAUUGAGACAGGAAAAUGCCGCUCUUUGGAGCGAAAUGAACUCUUUAAGAGUGAAAUAUUCAAAACAAACUAAAAUCAUAAAUAAGUUAAUACACUUUUUGAUAUCGUACAUGCAGAAACAUCACAAUUCGAGAAAAAGCGGCAGGACUGUCAGUGCGGUGAAUUCGAAUAAGUAUCUUAAAACGGGACCAAAAAUCAUGGAGCUGGAUUAUAAGUAUAAGAAUAAUCCUCAUGAGUUUUGGAACGAUUUCGAUAGUAGAAAUUCUCCGUAUGAUCAGAGCGAGCAGAAUUACACAGUGCUUGAACCAGCCGAAGAUAAUUUAGAAAUUGGAGAACAAUCUCAAGCCAACACGUCCAAUCCCCAAACCAUGUCAGUCUCAUCCACCAUCGAAGAACUUCUCUCCACCGGCAGUCCCUUCAGCCAAACAUCAGAAGCCUCCAUAGACCAAAACUUACCCGUCAUAGACCUGGCAGCGGCCAGUCCAUCCUCUAGCAACGAUCCAAAUUCGGCCCUUCAAAGAACCAACAGCAAGGACAACCUGGGCUACUACAUCGACAACAGCCAGGUGGAGCUCAGCUCCAUCAAAGAACUACUCAAGGGCAUGUCGCAAGAGGACAUGGCCAACUUUUACAAACUCCUGAACGAGAACUACAACAAGCCCCAGGACAAUGAGCUACCGGGUGAUUUGACCUUGGAGCCUGACGACGACAUAGCAGAGAAGGAGUUGAUGGCCUUGACGGAAAUGGCGGCACCAGUCGAUUUCCCCGAGGAAUUGGACGUGUCCUAUACGCCGGACGUGAAAAAGAUUUUAAGAAACGAUUUGCUGAAGCUUGUUGAUGAUUGAACACAUAGAGGAUAAAGACGGUUUCAUUUUAGGUAUGUAUAAAUUUAUUAGGAUUUUAUAAAGUCAUGUUCAUUUUGAUGUAUGAACAUCUUAAACAUUUUAUUUUGUCCCACUUUUUUUGACUUGUUAACCUAGAGUAUUCAUUAAAAAGUUCUGAAUGAAGCUUCAUUUUUUUAUUGAAUAUUUUAGUUAAAAAAUCAGAAAAUCUAAGGCCUGUUAAAAUUGGAACAAAAUAAAAUACUGACACUAUAUUAAUUUAUUUUCAGUUUGCCAAGAAUUGUUGAAUUUUGAAAAGUUGUUAUUACCUAUUUUCUCUGUUAUCUUAAAGAAAGUAAUAAAACAAUAUAUCUAGGACAUUGUUUUUUCCAUUUGUUGGUAUUUAUUUUAGGAUAAUAAAUAGCUCAUUAAGUACAUAUAUAACGAAAAGAAUCUUCUUACACUUUUAUAAUUUGUACACUUUUCUCGUUAUAACAUGUAAUUGUAGUUAGUACAAACAAAAAUAUUUAUAUUUUUAUUAACUUGGAAUAAACAUAUACAAUAGUUCUUUCCUACUUUUUAUUAAAAAUGCACUUUUGAAAUGUGUCAUACUGAGACUAUUCAUGAAAGUUAAUUUUAUUUAAUUGUGAGUCAAAAGUAAAUCAUACUGUCUAUUAAUAGUUUUUUUUGGCAUUGUACGAUGGGCUUGUCUAUAUACUACAUAAAUAAACAUUUAGGUAUUUGAGGUAGAUCUUCAAUUAUUUUUUUUUCCUUUUUGAAAAAUCUCUCAAAAAUAAUGGACAUAUUGAUAUUAAAAUUACUUUUUUGACUCAUAUUAAAUAAAAUAAACUUUCAAGUGAUCUAGCUUAUUUUAGAAUCUAAAUUUAAAACUUGACCAGCUGUGAUGUUUCUCUAUUUAGACACUGACAGUGUCUCAAUCAUCAAUACUAGCUGAAUAAAAAACUACUUAGUUUCUAGUAGUCAUAGUAGCCUUGAAUUAAAUAAGGAUAGUUGAGAAUUUUAAAUUUUAUAUUUUGAUGGUGUGAAUAAAAAUAUAAAAAAUAGAUAACUGAAAAUGUGUUAUUUUCUGUUAACUAGUAAUGUUUUUUUUAAACAUCUAAACGAUAUAAGUAGAAUAUGUUCCCGUGCAGUUGCCAAGUCAUUAUAACAAUCAUAGAAAUAAAGGUGUGUAAUAUUGGAUAUGGUCACUAUAAAUGUUGAUAUAUGAUUGAUUAGAUAAUUUAAACAAAGUUGUUGAAUAGGUAUUUCCCUAGACACUAACUAAAAUAACUGACUUGAUUUAACCUGUGGUAUAACAUGAGAUAUCUCACAACUUUUAGUAGCGUGCCUUUGCAAAUGCCUUGUGAGAUUUGGCAUUUUUUCAUGUUAUCUUCUCGAUGUAAUCUCAUUUCUUUUUGUAGGUCAUCUCCUUUUUUUCUCGGGUAAUAUCAAUGACUUAAGAAUACAAGGACGUGUAACGCCCAUAUACGGGUUGCAGCAGAAUUUGUGAUGUUAGACGCCAUAUUUUGGAAGUACCGAAUGAGUCAUCAGCGACAAUUUUAGCGAUUUUUAAUAGUUUGUGUGUAGUGAACUUUGUAUAAACUUUAUUACAAUGGUGAUUAGCUGUGCAGCUUUCAAGCGUAAAAGCCGCAGCGAUAAGAAUGAGCCAGGAGUUACGUUUUAUAGGUUAAUGAACAGUCCCCUCCGCUUUUUUAGUGUUUUCUUAUUGAAUUCAAUAAUCAUUUUUCUGAUAUUAUAUGCACUUGAUAUGUGCUAUACGUCGAUACUAGUUUUGUACCUUUUGUUAACAUUUUGACAAACAUGACACCACCGCAUACACCAUAGGCGUAGUCAAAACAUUUAUCAAAAAUAUAAAGCUUUUCAAACAGCUGUGUUAAGAAAAAUAUAUGCCACGGCACAAGUAUGGUAACAAUUUGGUCGCGGGUGUUAUUAGUUCUUGUAUUCUUUAUUCAUUGGGUAGUAUACAGGUUGUCCAAGGCUGAGCGUGCAUUAGAAGUUUCUAGAGAACUACAAUAUCUAGAUCGGAGAUUUUUGGUACAUCUUAGUUUCACAACGAGAUCUAUCGACUCAAAGUAUUUUCAGUAUGGCGGGACUUCCGGAAAUACCGGAAG